UGAUCCCAAAAACAGCCAGGUCUAGCAGCUGUUUGGAACAUCACUUUCCUUGUCGAGUGUCGAGGAUGGAUUGGUUGCAUUUCUUGUUGUUGGUAUCUUUGUUGAAAUAUAAGAUGACGCGGGGGUUGGAGGCUCCUACCGGAUCUGAUUCGGAGCUUCAUGUAGUGACCCGGGAACUGUUGGAUUCGGCGAAAAAGCCCGAGUUCUUGGAUUGGCUGAGAAGGGUUCGGAGGAGGAUCCACCAGAAUCCGGAGCUGGCCUUUGAGGAGUACGAAACGAGUCAACUCAUUAAAUCGGAGCUGGAUUUGCUUGGCAUUCAGUAUACAUGGCCCGUCGCAAAAACAGGCCUGGUGGCUUCCCUUGGGUCGGGGCUCCAGCCCUGGUUCGGUCUCAGGGCCAACAUGGAUGCUCUCCCUAUACAAGAACUGGUUGCGUGGGAAUUUAAGAGCAAGAAAGAUGGAAAAAUGCAUGCUUGCGGACAUGACGCUCAUGUAACGAUGCUUCUUGGAGCUGCUAAGUUGCUUCAAAGCAAAAGCCAUGAACUAAAGGGAACUGUGAAACUUGUAUUUCAACCUGGAGAAGAGGGUCGAGCAGGGGCUUACCAUAUGUUAAAAGAGGCUAAUUGUUUUGAUAAGUUGGAAGCUAUUUUCGGAUUACAUGUUGCACCAGUUAUGCCCACUGGUACAAUAGGUUCAAGGCCUGGUCCAAUUCUUGCCGGCUCUGCCAGAUUCCUUGUCAUAAUCGAAGGGAAAGGUGGACAUGCUGCAGAGCCCCACAAAACCAGAGAUCCAAUUCUUGCAGCAUCCUCGGCUAUCCUUGCACUUCAACAGAUUGUUUCCCGUGAAACAGAUCCUUUAGAGCCCAGGGUUGUAUCUGUAGGAUUUAUUGAAGGUGGGCAGGCACUAAAUGUAAUUCCAGAGACAAUGAGAUUUGGAGGAACAUUUCGGAGCAUGACUUCAGAGGGUCUCUCCUACCUUCAACAAAGGAUCAAAGAGGUGAUAGAAAUGGAAGCAUCAGUGCAUAGGUGCAGUGCCACAGUAGAUUUCAUGGAGGAAAGGAUGAGGCACUAUCCACCCACUGUCAAUGACGAAGCUAUAUAUAAAGAGGCAAAGAUGGUUGGAGAAUAUUUGGUUGGGAAACCCAAUGUGCAUCUUCUACCAAUGUCCAUGGGAGCAGAGGACUUUAGCUUCUACUCAACAAAAAUGGCAGCUGCAAUGUUUAUGAUAGGGACAAAGAACGAAACCUUAGCAGGACCAAAAACAGACUUGCAUUCUCCUUACUUAGUCAUUGAUGAAGAAGCUCUUCCAAUAGGAGCAGCCUUCCAUGCUGCCAUGGCAAUUUCUUUCUUAAGUAGCCAUGCUCUUGCUCUUGACAGUUAGAAACUCUGGUUGUGAAAAAAUCAUACUCAGUUGCUGUGUUUAAUGCUCACUUUAUUAACCCAAAAAAAUGUGAACAAAUUCUUUUAACAGUCGUAUAGCAGACAGUGAACACGAUGUAAGCCACGUCCAACAAAUAAGUAUAAUUUGUACCAUUUGUGCCA